AUGGAUACGGAACAGCCACAGGAUAUCUCUCCUGACGAGACUCGGCUGCGGCCUGGCGAGGUUGAGAGGAGAAUAAUUCAGGUGGAGUCCCAGCUGACAAUGGCUAGGCGCGCCCGUCUGGUAGCCGAGGCGGCACUCGAGGCGCUCGGAACUGUUGCGCCAGAGCGCCAAGUUGCACGCGCCGUCGGCAAGUGCUUUGUGCUCUCGACACAUUCUCGAGUGGAAGAUCAGCUACGUGCGGAACUAGUGCGUUCGGAGGAAAGCAUCGCGAGGCUCUCGGAACUCAAGUCCCUGUUUGAGAAAAAGUUAGCACCGCGCACUGUGCGCUCGGAGCAUUAG